AUGGAGAGCAACAACAAGUUUGACCCGAACACGGACAUUCCGGACUUGACGGGGAAGGUUUUUGUUGUGACGGGCGGCUCAGCAGGCAUAGGUUAUGGCAUCUGCGCACACCUGCUGCAGCACAACUGUAAGACACUGUACCUACUAGGCAAGAAAGAGGAGCACCUCUCCGAGGCGGAAGAAGGUCUUAAGAAGUACGGCGACAUCUCUCGCGUCAAGCCCAUCCAGAUUGAACUCGAGAACCUCCAUCAGACGGAUUCGGUUGCCAAGCAGCUCGCCUUGGAGUUGACGCAGCUCGAUGGACUGGUAUUGAACGCUGGCCUGGGCGUGGGAGUUUACAACGAGACAGCCGACGGCAUCGACUCGCAUAUGCAGGUCAAUGUGUUCUCCCAACAUCACCUGGCUAUGAUGUUGCUGCCCCUGCUGCUCAAGACUCCAGACAGCCGCUUGGUUUUGCAGUCGUCAGAGUUUCAUAGGAUGCUGACGUCCAACCCGUCUUUCGAGAGCUUAGCAGAAAUGAACAAGGAUAUCGGAGCCAUGCCGUUGUACGCCCGAACAAAGCUGGCUCAGGUCCUGCUGGUGCGGUACAUGCACGGUCUGAAGGCAAAUCCUGACAACAAGCUCGGCCUGAAGGAAGGGCAAGCGCCGUGGAUCAACGCGACGCAUCCGGGUGGUGUGGUGACCGACCAACAGGAGCAGGCGAUCGAAGCGUACGGUACAAAGGGCAAGCUCGGUGUUAAAGCUGUGCGUCCGUUCAUGAAGGACCCGAUCGAUGAGGGUUGCCGGAGUGCGUUGUUUGCGGCCACAGGGACGCAGAUUGGGUCUCAGCCGAUCGAUGGCGAGUAUAUCGUUCCAGAUUGCAAGGUGUCUGAUGUCAGUAAGGAGGCCAAGGAUGGGCAGCUUGCUGAGAGGCUGUGGAGGUUGACUGAGACACUAUUGAAGGAGAAGCUGGGGAGCCUGGAGUAUCCGACGGUGUUAGUAUAG